UCUAAAUUUGUGUCCAAUCAGCACUGACCUCAGGAGCUGUUUAGGUUAGAACUGACCAGAUCUCAGCCUCGAGAUGAGCACCAUUCGGCACACAGGCAUCUUUGAACUGUGCACAGCAGUUGCUAUGAACAACUAGACAAUAAACGAGCAUAUCGUGCUUCCAAUUUGAAUGAAUAGCUCCAUAUUGCUACAAGCUAUGCUCAGCUAAUUUCCACCCACUCCCUCGAAACAACCUCCAUCCCGACACACGCUGGUGAAAUACAAUCCACUCCCGCAACUAUAACCGCAACCACAACUACAACCGCAACCAUGCUCUCCUCCUUAUCCCCCUACAUGGCGAACCCGCGCCAGACAUUUACGCAGGUGCUCAACUUCGCCCUCGUUCUCUCCACCGCCUUCAUGCUCUGGAAGGGCCUAUCCGUCUACACCAACUCCGCCUCGCCCAUCGUCGUCGUGCUGUCGGGAAGUAUGGAGCCCGCCUUCCAGCGCGGGGAUCUAUUGUUUCUGUGGAACCGGAGCCCGCGCGUGGACGUUGGGGAGAUCGUGGUGUAUAAUGUGCGCGGCAAGGAUAUUCCGAUUGUGCAUCGGGUCAUGAGGACGUUUCCGGACGUACCUGGUAAGGAUAAGACGAAGAAGGGUGGGAAGCAGGAUGUUGAGGCCUCGCCAUCUUCCCUCGAGUCGCAAAAACUGCUCACAAAGGGCGAUAACAACCUGUCAGACGACACUGAAUUGUACGCUCGGGGCCAGGACUAUCUAGACCGGAAAGAGGAUAUCGUGGGUAGUGUACGAGGCUACAUACCAGCUGUUGGAUACGUUACGAUUAUGCUCUCCGAACAUCCGUGGCUGAAGAGCGUUUUAUUAGGCUUCAUGGGAUUGAUGGUUAUCUUACAACGGGAAUAGAAUAUUUUCUUCUGGGGUUAGAUUAUUUAUAAAAAUUUCUCCUGCUCGCUCGCGCUAUCUAUUUUUCCUUCUCCCUCUUUCUCAAUCCUAGAAAAGAAGGAUAAUUUUGUAUUCAAGAACGGAUGGAGUUAGGUUUUCUCGUCUGGUUUUCGUUUGAUUGAAUCAGGUUUCUUUACACACCCGUGGUUUUCUCCGAUGGCAGCGUUUUUUAUUUUUAUUUUAUUUUUCACUUUUGUACUUGCUACGUUUGGCCUUUGGGAAUGACAAUGUUCAUCGCAUGGUCGUAUUUGGAGAGCUUAUCCGUCGUCAUUAUCAUGAAAGUGGGAUCAAUGGGAAUUGACCGAGGCCUGAUACUACUCAAAUAUUUGCAAGCUUCAAGUCCAUUCAGAGACAUGCGAGUUCAUCCUGUCGGCUCCCUACUAAGCCAUGAGCUAUAGUGGCCAUACCUCGGACUUCGAUUUUCAGAGACGCAAAGCCCAGAUCCCGCGUUUGCUGAUAAAUAAUUGGCUCCAGGCUGUUAGUUCAUCGACACUGGCGUUUAAAAAUUACUUCAAUGCAAAUUAACUGGUCUGUAGAAGCAGCGGCGGAGUUGAUAUCUUGAGAAUUAAAGUAAAAGUAGAGAGAGUAAAAAAAAUAAAAAGAAAUAAAUGAGUUUAUCUAAACGUCACAA